GGCCGGCAGCAGGGAGGCAGCCGAUGGGGUGGGAGCGCCUCGCCGCCGCCCUCCUCGCCCUAUGGGCCAGCCAGCUGCCGCUUCUGCUCGCCACCCCUCACAGGACCGACCCCCGGAUCCGCACGGCGCCGGCAGGAGAGAAACGCUUCCCGUUUACCACCAAAGAGGAACAUGUAACGUUGUACCGUGAACACGGAACCUCUUCCACCUUUGUGGGUGCUGUGAACAAGCUCUACUACUUCGAUUUUGAAACCUCUGAGAGCUACACGGAACCUUUUAGCAUAACAGAGUUUAAGUGUGAAGAUUCGAAAGACGCCAAGAACUACCUCACCCUUGUGGUGAACUACAAAGGGAAGUUGCUCGUCUGUGGGAGCAACGCCUGCUCUCCGACCUGUUGGAACUGGGUAGACAAAAAGAAAGAACCAGGAAUUGAUGCCAGGGGGCUGGCCCCCUAUCGCCUUGACCAAAAUUCCUUUGUCCUUUUUUAUGGAGACUACAUCUACUCCGCCAUUAGUAGGACCGGGAAACCUUUGUUUCGUUUCCGCCGCGUGAGAGGGCCUUGGGGUCUUUAUAACGAAGAUUCGCUAUGGGGCAACCCAAAGCUCGUUCAAGGGGCCAUCAUCGAGAACGAGGAGGCGUACAAAGACAAGAUCUACCUCUUCUUCCAAGAGGACAAUCCAGAGUGGUCCAAAAACCCAGAAGCGCCGAAGCGUAUCUCCAGGGUGGCUCAGCUGUGCACGGGGGAUGCAGGAAGCACGGGGGCCAUCUCCUCUUCCAAGUGGUCCACCUUCCUGAAGUCCACGAUGCACUGCUUCGACCGCAAAACCGACCGGCACUUCCACCUCAUCCAAGAUGCCAUUGUGGUCCACUCUGAGGACUGGGCUGAAACGAAGAUAUAUGGGCUCUUCUCAAAUGAGUGGGGCUACUCAGCUGUCUGCGUCUAUUCCGUCGGGGACAUUACGAAAAUCUUCGAAACCUCACCUCUCUUAGGUUUCACGGGCGGAUUCUCUGAUUUGAGGCCUGGGCAGGUAAGGGUUUUGUUGGAACGCUUUGCUGCGACACCUGACCGGCCAGCCGCUAUUGGAAACAGGACUGGAUGA